GGGAACGAUUUAGAGGCUACACUUACUUUCCGGUGUCAGCUGUUCGUACAUAUUUUUGCAAUGAGUUUUGAGUGGCCCUGGCAAUAUAAUUUCCCUCCGUUUUUUACGUUACAGCCCAAUGUUGACACCAGACAGAAACAGCUUGCAGCAUGGCGCUCCCUCGCUCUGUCCUAUUGCCGCCAUCACAAGCUCUACACAUUGGACGUCAUGGAAGCCCAAGAGUGCCCUGUGUUCAACCACAAGAAUAUCGAUAGAAAACUAUCAACAGAGGCCAUACUAAUUGUUUUUGAGGAAUUGAGGAAAAAAGGGAACCUGGAAUGGUUAGACAAGAACAAGACACGGUGUCUAGUCAUGUGGAGGAGGCCAGAGGAAUGGGGCAAACUGAUUUACCAGUGGGUCUCUAAAAACGGUAUGGUCAAUUCAGUGUUUACACUCUACGAGCUCGCCAACAGUGACGACACAGAAAGCGAAGAAUUCCAUGGGCUGGAGGAGUGGAUGCUGAUUCGCUCGCUGCUGGCCCUGCAGACGGACGGCAAGGCAGAGGUCAUCACCAUGGACGACGGGAAGGGGGUCAAGUUCUUCUGAAGAGGCAUUGCAUUGUGGGAUUGCUCAAGUGCUCAACUCAGACUGGGAACCUUUAUCCUUAAAGGCUGUGAGAGUGCUGAUAGCCUGUUCCCAGAUCUGUUUGUGUUGUCCUGCUAACUCUUGUGGUCAUUGGUGUGACACAGGAUGUGCAAGACAGUGCAAACAGAUCUGGGACCAUGUUGAUGAGGGUUCUGCUGUUUAAAAGGCUAUUAUUUUCACCUCGGAACCCAAUCCACGUGGUUGAUGAGAACAAUAGUCCUCAUUUGGUUUUUAGGAAGUUGCCUUUUUUGGUUCACAUAAGUUGAAUGCAUUUUCUUAUUAGAAGAAAACGAAUCUAGCUAGUAAAUUAACAUUUUAGUCAUUUAGCAGAUGCUCUUAUCCAUUUGUAGGAGCAGUUUAGGAGGUUACUUUUAUUUUGACUUCUGUGGUAGUUACCUGGGAUGUUUGAUGUGGGCAGGUGUUGUCCGACAGACAUGCAUCAAGUAAUUCAGGGCAGCCAGUCCGAUACAUGUGUUUAGGUAUUCUUGGAGAGAGACUUUCCCCACAAUCUUUAUCUUCCCUUUACUGUUUCUUCUGUUUUGUAUUUAGAACUCAUUUUUAUUCUCACCUUCCUGGUUAAUAACCAAUAUACUUGCAGCGAUGUGGUGCGGCGGCAGUGCUGCAGCAGUUGGGACUUCUGCCCUCCUGUUUUAUUGCUGUUCCUCUUUACCAGAAAUCCCUGUCAAGACACCCUAGAGACAUUUGGGGAGUUUGAAAACCCCCCGGAAGAGGAAACACUUGGGAGUAAUGGAAUCUUUGUUUAGUUCAGCUGUUAUAAUGGUGCUGGAUGUCUCAUGUACAGACUGACUGCUGUAAACCCUUAGGACAGAACAUGACACUCCUGUACACUGUCUCUGUGUUCUAUUCAACCUCCUUUUUUUAAACCAAUGGAAUCCUGUAAGAAAAUAAAUUGAAUAGAUAUUGAGUCCUA